AACGGCUCGCCUAGAGGAAGAGUCCGACCGAGUAGGGGGAUCCGGCAAGGAGACCCACUCUCACCUUACCUAUUCAUUUUGUGUAGUGAGGUGCUCUCGGGAUUGUGUAACAGAGCACAAGAGGAUGGUUCUUUAAACGGGAUCCGAGUUGCUCGAGGUAGCCAUUUCAUAAACCAUCUAUUGUUUGCGGAUGACACUAUGUUCUUCCUCCAAUCCGAUAAGACAAGCAGAGAAGCGUUAAAAGGAAUUUUAAAACGCUACGAAGCAGCGUCCGGACAGCUGAUCAACGCUGAGAAAUCGGCAAUUACGUUUUCCAGCAUGACUCUAAGCUCUCUUAGACAUGCAGUAAAGAAUGACCUACAGAUUCAAAAAGAGGGGAGAACCGGGAAAUAUUUGGGCUUGCCCGAACACUUCGGGAGGAGGAAAAAAGACUUAUUCGCUGGAAUAGUUGAUAGGAUAAAACAGAAGGCAAGUGGCUGGUCGAACCGCUUUCUUUCCUCAGUUGGAAAGCUUGUAAUGCUGAAAAGCGUCCUCUCUCCCAUCCCUUCACAUUCCAUGACCUGCUUCAAGUUACCUAAGUUGCUCACAAAAAGGAUUCAAUCUGCAGUAACAAGGUUUUUAUGGGAUGAUAGAACGGGAAAGAAAAAGAUGGCAUGGGUAGCUUGGGAUAAGCUGGCUCAACCGAAAGGAAAGGGGGGUUUAGGGCUAAGAGACUUUGAAAGCUUUAAUGAUACCUUCUAAGGGAAACUCAGCUGGAGAAUUUUAAACAACCCUCAAGGCCUCCUCAGUUGUGUCUUACUUGGAAAAUAUUACGUGGAGAGAAAGUUUCUUGAUUGCCCAAAUAAAUCGUCGGAAUCUCAUGGAUGGAAAAGCAUUCUAAUCGGGCGGGACCUAAUAAAGAGUAAAUCAGGAUGGCUGGUGGGAAAUGGCGCACAAAUAGACCUCUGGACUGACCCCUGGCUUAAUAUAAGCCAACAGAAAAGACUUAUGGGGCCACCAUCGGAGAGAUCGAUGAACCUCAAAGUCUCAUGCCUGAUCAACCGAGACGGCAACGACUGGGACCUGGACAAGAUCAGAGAAAUAUGUCCAUUUGCUGAGAGACAAAUUCUGAAGAUAAAAAUCAGUAGACCAGGGGCUCUUGAUAAACUCUGCUGGAUGGGAACAAAGGAUGUAGAAUUCUCAACGAAAUCAGGCUAUCAUGCCGCCUUUGCGGAUUCAAAUGAUGCGGGAAGAUUCGAACAGGCGGGUAACUGGAACCAAGAAGUUUGGAACUUGCGCACUGCACCUAAGAUUAAGAUGCUAAUCUGGAAAGCACUGAGAGGAGCUCUACCUAUGGGUACAAGACUGGAGGAGCGACAUAUCACAGCAGACCCAAAAUGUAAGCGCUGUGGACACCCAUAAUGUAUCACUCAUCUAUUUUUUCAAUGUGAGUUUAUAAAGACUGUCUGGCAAACAGUCCCGUUUGUAGAGGAACUGGAUAGUAGAGGAAUGAUAGAAUUGAGGGAACUCUGAAAUUAUGUGAAGACCAAGCCAUGCCUACCAUCGACUGGAAUUACAAAUGGACACCUAGCACCAUGGAUUAUGUGGGAGAUAUGGAUUGCUAGGAACAAACUGGUGUUCUCUAAUUUAAGAGGUGAAACAAGGGAGUCCCUGGCCAGAGCUAUUCGUAUGGCACAGAAGUGGCAAGAUGGCCAAAUUAAAGAGAUACAAGCUCGCCACACAGUUCAACCCAAAGCAAUCAUAGAUACUGGAACGACCCUUCGAACGGAUGCUGCAUGGAAUGAGGAAAGCUCUCGAGCAGGGCUCAGAUGGAUCUUAGCGCAAAAAAAAGCUACUUCUAGCUUGGCUAUGAAUGCAGAAAACGUACCUUCACCACUGAUGGCAGAAGGAUUGGCGGGAAGCUUUGCAGAAGAGUAUGGAGCUGAGAAUCAAGGCGCUAAACGUGGAAUCGAACUCUAAAAACCUCAUUGCCAGCAUCACCAACAACAGCUCAGUCCCCGAGCUUUAUGGAAUUGUGGCGGAUAUCCUGUCGAUCUCUUAUUUUUUUUAUUAUGUCUCCUUUAAAUGGAUCCCUAGAGAGGCAAACUAUUCAGCUGAUCUUGUUGCAAAACAGAUGUUUGUAUUAAAUGAGGCUUUAAUGACCUCCACCUAACAAUAAAUGAAUGAAUGAAGUUUGUGUUUCAAAAAAAAAGUGAAUUAUUUUUAUGAUUAACUAUUUUUUUUACAAUUGUUAUUCAAUCAAAAUUAAUUAACACAAUUAGUUUCUUUUUAUUUCAAAAUUUACAAUUUAUUAUUAUUAUCUAAUAAAAAAUACAUUAAAAUGUAAAAAAAUAGUUUUUUUUUUCUUUCUAAAACAUAGACCAUUUUGAAAGAAAAAGAGUAUUAGAUAAUUAGAAAAUUAAGUGUAUAUAUCUCUAUACAAGUCUAUGCAUAUUGUAAUUUAUUAUUUCCUUAGUUCCUUACUCUCAUUAAUUUAGUAUCAUUUCAUUUAGCCCACUUUUGUGAUGGGAUAUUGUCAGGUGUUGUAAAGAUUAUACUUGAGAGAUUCCCAGACCUAGCUAGGGAGGAAGCUUGGCCUGUCCAAGGCGGCUCGCUAUCAUCGCUAUUGCAUCAUGCGUGUGAUAGAGGAGACCUUGAACUGACAAGAAUAUUGUUAGGGCUCGAUCAAAGACUAGAGGAAGCUCUUAACACCAACGGUUUAUCACCUCUGCACCUGGCGGUCCUCAGAGGCUCGGUUGUAAUCCUGGAGGAGUUCAUAAACAAGGCUCCAUUAUCUUUCUUGUCUCACACGCCAUCAAAAGAGACAGUCUUUCAUCUUGCUGCACGAAAUAAAAACAUGGAUGCCUUUGUUUUCAUGGCAGAGCGUUUGGGCAGUAACAGCCAGUUUCUUUUGCAGAAAACAGAUGAAAAUGGCAACACUGUCUUACAUACUGCUGCUUCCGUGGCUUGUGGUGCUCCGCUUAUUCGUUACAUCAUUGCUAUGAAGAUAGUAGAUAUCAGCAACAAAAACAAGAUGGGUUUUGCAGCUUAUCACCUUCUCCCCCAUGAUGCUCAAGACUUUGAGUUGUUAUCAAGUUGGCUGAGGUUUGACACCGAGACUUCAGACGAGCUGGAUUCUGAUGUAGUUGAAAUAUACUUAGACGCCUCUAGUCCAGUGAAACCAUUACGGUCACGCUUUGAAUCUUCAGAUACCCGCAAAAACUCUCAUGAGGACGAGGUAAUAAAGUUGCUGAAUCUAAUCGGACUAAACACAUCAGAGAUGGUAGAGAGAAAGACACGCAAGGCACAUGGAGUGAAAAAAGGUAGUGAAAACUUGGAAUAUGACAUGUACAUAGAAGCGUUACAAAACGCAAGAAACACGAUUACUAUAGUAGCAGUAUUGAUCGCUUCAGUUGCUUAUGCCGGUGGGAUAAACCCUCCAGGCGGCGUCUACCAAGACGGGCCAUGGAGAGGCAAAUCCAUAGUGGGGAAAACGACAGCGUUUAAAGUCUUUGCGAUAUGCAACAACAUAGCACUGUUCACGUCCUUGGCCAUUGUUAUUCUUCUCGUUAGCAUCAUACCUUACAAAAGGAAACCCUUGAAGAAGUUACUGGUGGCCACACAUAGAAUGAUGUGGGUUUCUAUUGGGUUCAUGGCCACUGCUUAUGUUGCAGCGUCCUGGGUGACUAUACCACAUUACCAUGGAACACGAUGGUUGUUUCCAGCUAUUGUCGCAGUUGCUGGUGGAGCGUUGGCUGUGCUGUUUUCAUAUCUUGGUGUUGAAGCCAUUGGUCAUUGGUUUAAGAAGAAGGCUCGGGUAGGAGUUAUACCUUCCUUUGCAAGGACCAAUUCAGAUUUGGCCAUAUCUGGAAAAUCUGGUUAUUUUGCUUAUUGAGAAUGUUGGUUAAUUCUUUCUUUAUUUCAGACAUUUGUGAUUCAUGUUUUGUUCUUAAGAUCAGUGAGUAACUUUCUCGUUUAAACAUUCUCCUAUUGUUCAGCUGAUGAGGUCACUCCAUGAGAUUCAAAGUAACAUGUAACUAAACCAGUGAUGUUUUAAAUUAUUUAUAAAGUAUAUUAAUAAAUAUUAUUGAUAUAUUUAAUUGUAGCUUAAAGUUAAUAAACUUUUUGGUAAAAUUUUAAAUAAAUUUAAU